AAGAGUCGGGUGGCUUCUCGCUCUCAACCAUGUGAUAUGUAAAAGUUGAAGUAGUUUUGCUCCGAAGGUAGUUUCCACUUAUGUGACCGAGUCACUUCGCGCUGAGCGUCGGGGGGUAAACGGCGCGUUUUGAGGAUUCGGGAAUGAGGAUCGGGAGCUCAGCUGAUUGCUUGGCGGGGCUGUAGGCUGACUGUCCGAACUGCCGGCCCCCGAUCCUUGGUCCUUCCAUCUGUCACUUUAACUCUCCGGGCCCUGGGAGAGUGAGAGCGAGUCGGGUCACUUAGCCACGGCGGCUGAGGCAGCAGGCCGGCGGUGAGAGCUGUCUGCGGAACUGGGAGAAUGGCGGAGCUGCGGAAGGGCAGUAAGGCGCGGGCUCUCAUCGUCUCGGUGGAAAAGUUUCAGGACCCUUUCGUCCGCAACAGGGCGGGGGCUGGGAUAGACAGGGAAAGACUCCAUCGAGUGCUGUACAAGCUCGGCUUUGACGUGACAAUCGCUAUGGACUACACCGCAGAGGACAUCUUACAGAAGUACCGGGAAGAAUCUCAGCGGGCCCACGGAUCCUGUUUUGUCUCCGUUCUCUCGAGCCACGGAGAUGAUGGGCUGAUUUAUGGAGCAGAUGGCAAACCGGUGCACCUCAGGAAUAUUUACUCCAUGUUUACAGAGAAGGCCUGCACGGCACUGGCGGGGAAGCCAAAGAUCUUCUUCGUUCAGGCCUGUCGAGGGAUGCAACUGGACGACGGGGUUUGCGUGGGGGAGGUCGAGACUGAUAGCUGCCCUGCUGAGCCCGACUUCUUCUCUCAUUACCUCGCCAUUCCUGAUGACACGGCCGUCCACUUCUCCAGCAGCCCAGACUACGGCUCCUUCCUGCGUGCGUCCGGAUCUGCAUUCCUGCAGACGCUGUGUGAUCUGCUGCAUGGCGAUCAGAGACACUGGGAGCUGCUGAGAAUCAUGACUCAUGUCAACUGCCUGGUUGCCCUGUGGUUUGAAUCCAAGGGUGCCUAUGGGGGCAAGAAGCAGAUGCCUUGUUUCGUCAGCAAGUUGCGACACGAGGUCUACCCCUUCUCCGACCGGCCCUCUGCAGAGAGCAACCCAGGUCCCCCUGAGAACAGCAGCCUCAGCCACAGCGAGUCACUGAGCACUACUGUGCAGUCACAGGUGCCUCGGCCCAUCUAGUCCAUGCUGUACCGAGGCCCGCUGGAACCACUGUCCUCUAUACCCAUCCCUCCCACCCACCUAUCCAAACUUUGCCUAAGUGUUGCAAUUGCACUCCAGUCCACCCUUGGGAAAACAAAAUGCCUGAAAAAUUGACAAAAGGGGACUCCCCUCUUGACACAUUCUCCCUCGUGCAAACCAGGACUCUCCCUAUCACGCCAGAGAUGAUCCAAAGGGAAACCAGAAGAGACUCCACACUAUGUCUGUCUUGCAACCCAGAAUGUGGAGCAGAAAUUCCAGUUCCACAUUUUUAACAGUGCCGGGAUGGACCUGUCCUGUUUGGGGCUUGCCUUGAGUGGGGAUAGAGAGUCUUCGAACCAUCCACGGUGAGAGCUACGUGCCAGUCUCUAGGCGUGGUCAGAAACAAAGAGUUGGCUCGAAGCUUUGACCUGGUGGCCUGGGAUCGACCAGCAGAUCAAUCAGUUUGCCAUGCACUGUUUGGGAUGCCAAAACAUCCAGAAGAUGCCAACAGCAGCGCCUCUCCAUCCCUGGGAAGGGCCUGCAUUACCUCGGCAGAGGAUUCACGCGGAGUUUGCCAUGGGCACAAAUUUCUUGGUCGUGACUGCAGCUGUAAAGUGACCAGAUGUGUCCCCAAUUGCCUCCACUACAGCCUCGCACACUGCCGAUGUGUUGAGAAGCCUCUUCCUAAGGACUGGUGUUCCAGAACACUUAGUGAGUGCCAAUGGACUGCAGUUUGUUGCAAAGCAGUUUCAAUCACUCCUGAAAGUGAAAUUACACCUGCACCGUACCACCCAGCCUGGCGAAAAUGUUUGUCUGGGUCUAAAGAAUGCACUGCAUGCAAAGUCAGCAGAACACUACACUGAAUCAAAACCUUGCCAGUCUCCUCCUUGCAUAUUGAAACGCAGCACGCUCCGUGACCAACAGCUCACCAGUUGUGUUGUUCCUGGGUCGUCCCUUGUGCUUGUGAUCUCCUCAGACCCAGUCUCAGAAAGAGUACACAGAAUAAACAGUUGAGGCAAAUCGAGGGCUUCUCAAGCAAGGAGGUUCAACGUCCCACUCCUGGUGAGGGAUUGCAGAGGUGAUCAAAAGUUGGUACUCUGAAAGAGUAAGGACAGAGUGGAGAUUGUGUCUGAUGUCGUCUGGAGAUGACACGUCGAUCAGUUGAGAGCAGAACCAAUUGUUGGAGAAAAAAGGUGUCCAGAGCUGUCAGAACCAGUUGCUGCAGUCCCAGAGACAACUCCUGCAUCCACCACAGAACCCGAGAUUCUUUCACAGCCACAAGUCUGUCUCACCUGCCAAGCAGAGUGACCCCCCUUGUCAGGAACAACAUUAUCCCACAGGAGAAGGAAUUCCUUCCUCCACAGUGAUUAGAUCAUUAGGCCUGAAUGGGACGAUUUUAAAUUUACCAUGCGGUAUUAUAAAACUGUAAUUGUAGAAUACUGUAAAAUAUAUUUAUAUAUAAAGCAUAUCACUCCCUAGACAUCUUGUGUGUGUGUAUGUAGAUAGAUAUAUCUCUAUAUCUAUCUACACACACAAAACACUCCGGUUCUGUUGGCUGUAUAAGUCUGGGGAAGACUAUCUCCGGCCUCGCCAAACGUGUGAGAUUGAGGUGCAAAACCCCGAGACACCCUAUAUGUGUGAAUGCUGUGUGAUUCGUUACAAAUCAGUACCACGAAAUAACACAGUACACUGCAUACAAUUAAACAAUCUAGCUUUAACAGUCUAAUGUGCUCAAGUUGGAGCUCAUGGUUUCCCCUUCGCCGAUCUUCCUUUGAUCUCCUUGGGCUUCGUCGAAUCAUGGUCCCACUCCGGGUCGAGUCCUAUGACCUCUUCUCUCCGGCGUCUUCUCCCUUCAUUUCCCACCCAGCUCACACCAGUGUCAGGCACACAGCACGAAAACACACUCCCUUCAUUGGACAGCUCACAUUCCAAAGUACCCAUUAACCCAAAUACUGCUUCUACAGAAAGACCAUUACGUUAACAGUGAAAUGUUACCUGCCUAUUACUUCCCCUGGAUCAUCGUCUCCUUCCCUCUCUCCGAUGGUCCACUCCCCUGUCCUAUCAAAUUGCUUCUCCAUCUCUAAAGCAUCCGUUAUCUGUAACCAUAACCCAAACACUGCUUCUACAGAAAGACCAUUACGUUAACAGUGAAACCUUUCCCAGGGUGUUUUAUUUAUUUUUAAUUACACACAGACACACACACACACACGCACACAGACACACACACACACACACACACACACACACACAGACACACACACACACACACAGACACACACAGACACACACACACACACACACAGACACACACAGACACACACACACACACACACACACACAGACACACAGACACACACACACUCACACACACACACACACACACACACACAGACACACACACACACACACACAGACACACACAGACACACACACACACACACACACACACACACAGACACACACACACACACACACACACACACAAUGACCAGAGAGCAUUAUAU